AUGCUGAACUACGCUGACUUUGAAUUGACUACUCAAUUGCCCUCGUACGCCAAAUUGCAGGCGUUGUACGACUCCAAGGGUAAGUCGUUUGACGUCUCUGAAGCCUUCAAGGCCGACAGUGAGAGAUACCAAAAGUUAUCCAAAACUUUCACCAAUUAUGACGGGUCAGAAAUUCUCUUUGACUUCUCCAAGAACUUGGUGGACGAUUCCAUCAUGAAGGAAUUGUACCUGUUGGCCCGUGAAGCCGGUGUUGAAAAGUUGAGAGAUGCUAUGUUUGCUGGAGAUCACAUCAACUAUACUGAAGAUAGAGCUGUGUUCCACGUUGCAUUGAGAAACAGAGCCUUGAAGGAAAUGAAGGCUGAUGGUAUCAACACUGCUCCAGAAGUCGAUUCUGUCUUACAACACAUGAAGGAAUUCUCUGAAGAAAUUAGAUCUGGUUCUUGGAAGGGUUACACUGGUAAGGCCAUUACUGACAUUGUUAACAUUGGUAUUGGUGGUUCUGAUUUAGGUCCAGUUAUGGUCACUGAAGCCUUGAAACACUAUGCUCAACCAGGUUUAUUUGUUCAUUUUGUUUCUAACAUUGAUGGUACUCAUUUGGCUGAAACCUUGAGAGGUUUAAACCCAGAAACUACCUUGUUUUUGGUUGCUUCAAAGACUUUCACUACUGCAGAAACUACUACCAAUGCCAAUUCUGCUAAAUCUUGGUUUUUGGAAUCUGCUAAGGAUUCAGCUCAUAUUGCAAAGCAUUUUGCUGCUUUAUCUACUAAUGCUGAUGAAGUUGCCAAAUUCGGUAUCGAUACUAAGAACAUGUUCCCCUUUGAUAAUUGGGUUGGUGGUCGUUAUUCUGUUUGGUCUGCCAUUGGUUUAUCAGUGGCUUUGUAUAUUGGUUUCGAUAACUUUGAAGCCUUCCUUAAAGGUGCUGAAGCUGUUGACAACCAUUUCCUUAGUACUCCAUUAGAAGAAAACAUCCCAGUUCUUGGUGCUCUUUUAUCCGUUUGGUAUAACAACUUCCAUGGUGCUCAAACUCAUUUGGUUGCUCCAUUUGACCAAUACUUGCACCGUUUUGCUGCUUAUUUACAACAAUUGUCUAUGGAAUCAAACGGUAAAUCAGUUACUAGAGGUGAUAAGUUCACCAACUAUCAAACUGGUACCAUUCUUUUCGGUGAACCAUGUACUAAUGCUCAACAUUCUUUCUUCCAAUUAGUUCACCAAGGUACCAAAUUGAUCCCUGCUGAUUUCAUUCUUGCAGCUCAAUCCCAUAACCCAAUCCAGAACAAUUUACACCAAAAGAUGUUGGCUUCUAACUUUUUCGCUCAAGCUGAAGCUUUAAUGGUUGGUAAGAAUGAAGACCAAGUCAAGUCUGAAGGUGCCACUGGUGGUCUUGUUCCUCAUAAGGUUUUCUCUGGUAACAGACCUACCACCUCUAUUUUGGCCCAAAAGAUUACACCAUCCACAUUGGGUGCUUUAAUUGCUUACUAUGAACACCUUACUUUUGUUGAAGGUGCUAUCUGGAAUAUCAAUUCCUUUGACCAAUGGGGUGUUGAAUUGGGUAAGGUUUUAGCUAAGGCCAUUGUUUCUCAAUUGAAUGACAAUGCUCAAGUUGGUAACCAUGAUCCUUCAACCAAUGCUUUAAUUAACCAAUUCAAGAAAUGGUCUUUGUAA